GGGUGAAAUGGUGAAGUAUUGACAAUGAGGUCUCUCUAUGUUUGUCUCUCUGCAGUCUUCCUGUCAGUCUCGAUGCAGGGUCACAGACCGAGAGCUACCCCACCCUGACCACUGUUACCUGGAUGAGGAAGAAGCCCUACCAACACAUUGUUACAUUUACAGCACAAUCACAAGGAAAUUGGACAGCUGUAAAUGGUGGAAAUCGAUACGAGCUCAUCGGGAACCCAGAGGAGGGAAACACCUCGACCAGGAUAAACCAGCUGAGUGUGAGGGACAAUCACACUUGUGUCAGGUGGAAUACAGAUCAAGAUGCGAUUACCAGUAUCUGAUCCAGAAAGAGACACAGCUGCAGGUAGAUGCUGCUCAGGGAAGUGUCUCAAUGGUGAGUGGAACAGACAGAGAUUCAGUUACUUUACCCUGUAUCUUCAUGACAAGAGACUCGAACACCCUGUCCACUGUUACCUGGAUGAGGAAGGAGACCUACCAACACAUUGUUACAUUUACAGCCCAAUCACAGGGAAAUUGGACAAUUGUAAAAGGUGGAAAUCGGUACCAGCUCGUCAGGAACCCAGAGGAUAAACCAGCUGAGUGUGAGCGACAAUCACACUUACCUGUGUCAGGUGGAAUACAGGUCAAGACUCGAUUACCAGUAUCUGAUCCAGAAAGAGAUACGGCUGUAGCAAAGAGGACUGAGUCCACCACUGUAUAUCUGCUGACCAUUCCAUUGCUCAUCCAGCUGAUCAUCAUUUUCAUCAUCGUCAUCAUCUUCAUUAUUUUCAGGAAGAAAGGAGGAGGUUCUCAGCAAAUCGAACAGACCUCACCUUCGAAGAGAUGACAGUUUCAGCUUCUAUGGCAAGAGUGACAGCAACAGAACAGGUUGCAAGAGAUUCACAGUCAGUGCUUCAGAAGAUCAUGAGUCAUUGUCUGAUUUUACACUGGGAAAAUACAAUAUUUGAG